GGGAAAAUGCUGUUAGUGGACAAUAACUCGAUAUAUAAAAAUGCAACAGUGGAUGAUUAUUUAAUAGAACGGAAAUUCAGAAAAUAUUUUCUUUUCCUUCUCUAGUUUAAAAAGAGCAGUUAGGUGUCUUUUGGACUAUUGUUUUUCGACGUGAACUAAUAUGCCGCGGGAAAUUAAAGAAGUCAAGGACUUUCUAAACAAGGCUCGUCGCUCAGAUGCACGUGCUGUUAAAAUUAAAAAAAAUGCGUCAAAUACGAAGUUUAAGAUCCGGUGCUCCAGAUUUCUUUAUACCCUUGUAGUGCAGGAUAAAGAAAAAGCCGACAAAAUAAAACAGUCUCUUCCACCAGGACUACAAGUAAAAGAAGUCAAGUAAACACCGGCAUAAAAUCACCAUUUGUACUCCAUUGGAUUAAAUAUGUUCACUGAAAUUUGUUUUUAAUAAAGAAAACUUAUUUAUGUGUCCAACGUAAA